AUGGUCAAGACCUCCGUCCUCAACGAUGCGCUUAACGCCAUGAACAACGCCGAGAAGGCUGGCAAGCGCCAGGUCCUCAUCCGUCCUUCCUCCAAGGUUAUCGUCAAGUUCCUUGCUGUCAUGCAGAAGCACGGCGGCCGGUCUCAAUCAACCUACGACGUCUGCCUUUUAAGUUACAUUGGCGAGUUCGAGGAGGUCGAUGACCACCGCUCUGGCAAGAUUGUCAUCCAGCUCAACGGCCGUCUCAACAAGUGUGGUGUUAUCAACCCCCGCUACCCCGUUCAGCUCCGUGACCUCGAGAAGUGGGCUACCCAGCUUCUUCCUUCCCGUCAAUUCGGUUACGUUGUCCUGACCACCUCCGCCGGUAUCAUGGACCACGAGGAGGCUCGCCGCAAGCACGUUGCUGGCAAGCUCCUUGGCUUCUUCUACUAG